AUGCCUGGCAGAACAGAAACCAACAUGCCUGACAGAACAGACACCAACAUGCCUGGCAGAACAGAAACCAACAUGCCUGACAAAACAGACACCAACAUGACUGGCAGAACAGAAACCAACAUGCCUGACAGAACAGACACCAACAUGCCUGGCAGAACAGAAACCAACAUGCCUGGCAGAACAGAAACCAACAUGCCUGGCAGAACAGACACCAACAUGCCUGGCAGAACAGACACCAACAUGCCUGGCAGAACAGAAACCAACAUGCCUGAGAGAACAGUCACCAGCAUGUCGGGCAGAACAGACACCAACAUGCCUGGCAGAACAGACACCAACAUGCCUGGCGAAACAGACAACACAAUGUUUGCCGUAACAGACAGAAAAAUGUUUGGCAGAACAGACAAAAAUAUAUAG